AUGUACAUGAAGUAUUGGAGGUCCAUCAAAAGCAGGAACUGCCCAAAGGAAGUCAAGAAGUUGGCCAAGAGGUUCCGCUGGUGCAAAGAGCAGUCGUCCAUGCUGUACGAGGAUUUCUUCAAGUCUUCAUGUGACUGGCGAAAGAGUACAAUUUACCGGAGUGUCACCAACACAAUUGAGAACAAGAAGUCUGGUCGCAGAAAAUGGUUGACGCGUCAGCAGAUGAUUCCCAUCUUUGACAAUGAUGAGGCUGUGGUCGAUGGAAUCAUUCUGAGGAAAGAGUCUGACCCUGAGCUGCGUGAAACAGAAUGCAGAAAGCAUCCUGAAGUGCCGUCGAUGUUCCAAUACCUAGUGUUGGUAGAAGACUCAGAGGAGGCUUCAGAGACUGACCGAAUCAUGGACAAGUUUUGCACAACAGAAAGGGACGGUGAUGACGAUGGUGAUUCAUCUAGUUCUGAUGGAAGCGAUGACGAUGAUGAGUCGACUGACUCUGAUGGUGGCUCAAAGAAGAAGAAGAAGACCACACGCAAAGACUCGAAGAAACGAAAGGGGAAGAGCCAGAAGUCUAAGAAGAAGAGAUCUAAGGAUAAGAAAGCCAAAGGAAGGACUGGGAAGGGUAAGUCUCGAAAUAACAAGGGGAAGGAUAAAGAGAAGGACCCGGAAGCAGAAAAGGCGAAGGAAGCUGCCAAGCUUUUGGUUAAAGACUCCAAGAAGGUCAGGUUGCACCCUUUACCCAGAACACAACCCACUUGUCUCCCUCUGCAAGGCGAUCGGGGACAUCAACACCAGAGUUCGCCAAGCCAACGAAAAGAUCAAGACCAUGACAGCUUGGCACCUCGUCAAAAAUAA